AUGCACACUUGGAUCUUCCUGUUCGUGGUAUUUAACAGGAGGAGGACAAACAAGGAGAAGGGAGUGCCAUUUAUGGAGAGCAACAAUGUGGUGACAGAGCAUUCUACAGAUAGGCGAAGAAAGGGAAACCCCGACCCGCAGGGUGGCCUUCAGAGUGAAAAGAAGAGUUCUAGAACUCCUCUCCUGCUCUACGUGAGAAGGCUGCCCCUGGCCUUAGCCGCACAGAUGGCCUCCUCCGCUCUCUUCCAUUCAAAUUACAUGAAAAGAGGGCACCUCACACUCUCAGACAACUGGGACAAGCUGCAGGUGGAGUGGGACACGGACGUAGUUACACUGGAGAGUCAUCUGUCCGAGAAAGGAAGAGGCAUGGAGUUGUCCGAGCUGGUCGUGUUCAAUGGACAUUUAUACAGUGUGGACGACCGCACUGGGGUGGUCUUCAGGAUCGAGGGGAGCCGUGCUGUGCCCUGGGUCAUUCUGCCCGACGGAGAUGGCACAGUUUCAAAAGGCUUCAAGGCAGAGUGGCUUGCGGUGAAGGACGAGCACCUUUACGUGGGCGGCCUGGGAAAGGAGUGGACGACGACUUCGGGAGAGGUGCUCAACAACAACCCCGAGUGGGUGAAAGUCGUCGGCUGCCACGGCGACGUCCAUCAUGAAAACUGGGUGCCAAAUUACAACAGCCUUCGAAACGCUGCUGGAAUCCGACCACCAGGUUAUCUUAUCCACGAAUCUGCCGUGUGGAGCAAGAGCCUACAGCGAUGGUUCUUCCUGCCUCGCCGGGCCAGUCACGAGCGCUACGAUGAAACAGCAGAUGAGCGGAGAGCCACGAAUCUGCUUCUGUCGUGCCCCGCAGACUUUAGCUAUGAUAAGAUCAUCUUGGCUCUAAAAUCAGAGGAGGAUGGUGAGAAAAUAGCCACAUAUAUGAUGGCGUUCACACUGGACGGUCAUGUGCUGAUGCCUGAGAUGAAGAUUGGGGAUGUGAAGUAUGAGGGAUUAGAGUUUAUUUAA